AUGUGCACUCGAAUUCAUACAUCCUACAAUAGCAACGCCAUGAUGUACCUUAAAUUACGUGAGGAAGGCUGUGAUAAGAAUUCUGCUCGAAAAUAUUGUCGAAAACAGUUCUGCAAAAUCGAUUAAACAUAAUCCUUUAUUGGACCACCUGGACAUAAAAUAUUAAAAAUAUAGCCAGACAAAUUAUUGGGAGAAAAAGGUUGGCAGCAUGGUUUCCUGAUGAAAUAUGAUUUGGGUGUUGGUUAUAAAGAAUCAGCAGAUUUGAAUGAAAAAUUUACACCUGCCGAAAUGGCUAUCCUUAAAUAAUACAAUGAAUAUGAGAAAAAGAAAAACGCAAUGUUACUAUAAAAAAUGCUAGCCGUCAAAAAGUAUGCAGAUUCCUUAAAACCUCCAAAAUUGGAUGUUUUUAGUAAAAGUUAUUUACAAAGAGUAAAAUAAAUUUCAUAAGAACUACGGGAGAGUUAAUCAAAACCUAAGAAAUACUUUGAAUUUGGUGAUAUGAAGUUCUAUGCUCUUGUAGAUUAUUUAAGUAGAUAAGGAUCCAAAUAAGAUUUGAUGCACAUUAAUUUCGAUCCUAUUGUCAAAGAAGACAUUAAAUUUAAAACAGAAAAUACUCAUAAAGUAAAUACUGCUAGAACUUUCAGAAGGAUGGGAACAAUAAGUAAUAUAGAAAAGGAAGCAAAUUUCAUCAUGGCUUUGUAAUAAUAAGCUCCUUUAGGACAAGAUUUAGAAAAAAUUAAACAAAAACCAGAAGUGCUGUCACUUUUGAAGUUGAAUCAUCAAAAGAUGGAUUUAGCUGAAGAAUUCAAUUCAACAUAAUAUUUAUUUACUCCUACUAAUGCAUAAACCUAAUAAUUAAACUCAGUUGAUGAUGAUGCAAUGAAAUCUUUUGUUUAAUAAUUUUAUUCAAAAUAGUAUGAUGAAAAACCAAACUUAUUAAUGCCAUUUAAAAGAAAUAUAAGAAUGAGAACCUAAGCAAACAGCGAUUCCAAAAAGACCCCAAGGAGACCAACUAAUAAAGUCAAAACAUAAAGCAUAUCUUGA